AUGGGUCGCAUACGAUUUACGCUGUUCACAGGCCAAGGACACGACCAUGAACCUGCCGAUCAGGUGCCGGCAGAAGAAGUGAUGGAUUUCACUUCUUUCCGAAAAUUCCUUGUUGGAUCCUACGGCAUCACCAACCCAGAGUUGGAGUUCCAUAUUCACGACCAGAACAAAACCUGCAACGGAAGCGGAGACGUAGCGCCACAUGUAUGGAGAGGUCUUGCAAUCCUCCGACAAUCCUUGGACUCGGCUUCUCCAAUUUACUAUGUAUGCUUUGUCAAGAAGGAGAGGGAUGCGUCUGUCACGAUCUGCCACGACAGCAUUGACGAAGGCGAAUAUGUUCACAUCGCACAACCUGAGGCUGGAUCCGACCCAUACUGGCUGGAUCCAUUACCCGCAGGAAGCCCAUUUAUGCCCCGCCAUCGAUCAGUAUCUACCGGCACCAUCAUGGCAGACGCGCGUUCAAGCUCUCCCUCUGUCGCUGUAAACAAGAAACGUGCGGGUGACUAUGACAUCCCAGAGCGACCGGCGAAGAAUCUACACCAAGCUACAACCCCGUCGCUGCAGGUCUUCGACGAGGAUGUCGAGAUGGCCGACUAUCCGGAAUCUUCCGGAGGGCGGAAUCGCAUAUCAGGCCAAAUGAUGAGAAGAGCUGUAGUAGAGAUGAAUGCUCUGGACAACCGUCACGAUCGACAGGUUUCCGAGGACGAGGCUAUCCUCGCACUCCAGCUACCAGAUGGGAAGUUCCUAGUCGGCACCUACAAAGAGACUCAGAAUGCGGUUUUACUUCGUCUUGACAAUUUGAACCGGAUCAAGCACUUCGUCCAGGACUACACCCUCCGAGGAGGUCAACUUCCAACGAAAUAUAGGAGCAAACAGGCUUGUGAAGAGCACGUCGAGUACCAAGGAGUCUUCAGAAAAUAUCAAAACAGGCGAAGUUUGCUGAAGAAAAGGCUGGUUUGCUUAUUACAUGAUGAGUCAGAGGAGGAGGACGUCUUCGAAGACGAUGAAGACGGAGAUAAUGCCUUCAGUGGCCCAACCAUACACGAAGGCGACCCUUACGAGAUCCCCUGCGAACGCUGCGCCGACGACGACAUCACAUGUCUCCGCCCAGAUCCCUCGGUUGGAAAGGCUUGCUUGUACCACGAGUCCAAGUUCAGUUCACAUUCGUAA